AUGGACGACUGCUUCCUUCGUGCAGCACCCCGCAGCACGGAAAACAUCGACUACAUGUCCAAACGACCCAUUCCAGAAACACAUCUCUACUUUUGCUGGAGACAAAACAACCUGAUUGCCAUCAAAUCAGAAUACGACGAUAUCUCCUUUACGAUCCCUUCCACCAACUCAAAACGCCUUGAAAACGUCACGUGGCGCCGCUGGUACAAAGAUUUACUUGGUCUAGACGAAGUGGCCCCUUCAGAGAUCAACUGGGACAAGUCUCAUGAUAUCACCUGGCUUUACGGGCCCAAAUAUGAGGAUGAAGUGUCUCAGGAGGUUGAAGAGAGUUUGACUCCUCACUUGAAGAAACUUGACUUCACUUGUGACUCUGACGCUGAGCUGGUUUCGUCGUGUCAGCUGGGGAGGAGUCUGAUGAACUUUGAUGAGGUUUCGUCGGUGGAGAGUGAUGAGGAGGAAGCCAGUUUGAAGCUGGCAAUGAGGAGGGAUCUGAGGGGCCCGGCGGGUUCCGGGAAGAAGGUUAAGUUUAAUUAUAUUGUGAGUUCGAGGGAGUUUGUGAAUGGGGUGGUUUUUGAUUAUGAUUUUUUGGAUCCGCUGUGCCUCUAG